GAAUGUCACAUGGCCUUAUUUCCUGCCAGCCAUGUCGUGGUUGUUGGUGGUGGGUUUGCUGGAAUGGUCGUUGCCAAUCAGGUCUUGGAACGAGGAGGACGAAUUUUGGUGCUUGAGAAGGCGGCGUUCUGUGGUGGUAACUCUGCCAAGGCCACGGCAGGCAUUAACUUCUUGAAGAACCAGGACGAUUCGGAGACUCACUUUAGAGAUGAUACUCUCCAUGCUGGCCAAACCAAUGGUGAACUUGCUUCGUUGCUUUGUCGCAACAGUUCGUCCGACAUGAAUUGGUUGAUUGAUCGUUUUGAUCUGGAUUUUGCAGUGGUUUCAAAGCUGUCCUGCCAUGCGCGAGCAAGGACUUACAGGACUAAAGAUUCAAUUCCUGGAAUGGCUUUGACCUAUGCACUGAUCCAGAUGGUGGAGAAAGUGGCAGAGGUGUCGGACCGUGCGCGGCUAGUGACAAAGGCAGAGGUCUUUCAGCUACUAUUGAGAGAUGGCAAGGUGGUUGGAUGUGAGUACAAGAAAUCUGGACGCUCGAGCAAGGAAUAUGGUCCAGUAGUUCUUUGCACAGGUUGGCAGUCACAGCCGAAUCUGAUGUGGGUGAGUGUGAAAUACAUCCCAUGUCGUACGCAUGAGUAUUUGCUUGUUCUGAUGAUCUCCAAAGCUGCUCAACCUAAGCGGCAAGAUGCUCCAUGA